GCAUGUUCAGGCAUGGUGACAGUAGGUGGCAGCUGUGAUCUGCUCACGGGCCGACACCUCGCUGACGGAGAGGAAGAACCGAGCCGCCCCUGCGCGCUGACCGGAGCCGCAGGCGUGAAGCGAGACGAGGUACCCAGCUCUCAGAACCGGGUUAGACGGGUCACCGACACAGCGAGGAGUCCGGGACUUACCUCGGCGUCAGGGAGCAGCUCUCCUGGUCAGGUGGGGCUGGCAGGGCCCUUCUGUGACUGCUGUCUCACCCCUGCCCUUCCGAUGCUGUCCAGCGUUCGUUCCUCCUCUCUCGCUUUUGCCUUAUCUAGACAGCUAUCUCAUUUUCGGCCCAGCAUGGAGCCCGGCGCUCAUCGGCCCGUGGAGACGUCCAUUCGGACCAAGCUCACGCAGACUCUCCAGCCAGAGCAUCUGGAGGUGCUGAACGAGAGCCACAUGCAUGCCGUGCCACCAGGCUCUGAGUCUCACUUCAGGGUGCUGGUGGUUAGCCCCAGGUUUGAGGGCCUCUCGCUGCUGCAGCGCCACCGUCUGGUCAACGAGGCCCUGCGUGAAGAGCUGAGCUCCAGCGUCCAUGCUCUUGCCAUCCAGGCUAAGACACCCCAGCAGUGGAGCAGCGACCCCAGCCUUGCCAAAAGCCCACCUUGCCUCGGAGGCUCCAAACAUGACCAGACGGUGGCAGAAAAGCUGAAGGCUGGAUCAAACUGACGUUUCCUCCAAACAGUGGAGGCUUUAACUUUUCACCACUCUCAGGAUCUCAAUUAUUCUCAUAACUGCUCCAUCAGUGUCAUAGAAGUUACUGAAUAAUUGGUAGUUACUAAAUAGUACAUCUUAAGAUUAAUAUCGGAAUAUUGUCCCCAGAGUUCAUGUGGUUAAUAGAAAUAAAAACAUGGAUUAAAAUAAAAUCAUUGCCAUUUUGCAGUUGUACUGACUUCAUAUAAUGGUUACAGCACACCUUGAAGUAUAUUUAAAACACACUGGUGAAUUUUUGUCUGUAAGAAAAGGAGUGAAAGAUGUAAAUUUGAUAUUUACAGUUAAGCCCAGAAAUGUUAGGACAGUGACACAAGUUUUGGUAUUUUAGCUGUUUACCAAAACAUAUUCAAGAUACAGUUGUAUAAUCAACAUGAGCUUGAAGUGCAGACACUCUGCUUUAAUUUGAGGGUAUUCACAUCCUAAUUGGAGGAAGGGUUUAGGAAUUACAGCUCUUUAAUAUGUAGCUGCCUCUUUUUCAAGGGUCCAAAGGUAAUUGGACAAUUAUCUUAAAAGCUAUUUCGUGGGCUGCAUUGGCUAUUCCCUUGUUAAUCCAUCAGCAAUUAGACAAGUAAAAGGUCUGGAGUUGAUUCCAGGUGUGGCAUUUGCAUUUGGAAGCUGUUGCUGUGAACCCACAACAUGCGGUCAAAGGAGAUCUCAAUGGAAGUGAAGCAGACCAUCAUUAGGCUGAAAAAAAGAAGUAAUCAGAGAGAUGGCAGAAAUGUUAGGAGUGGCCAAAUCAACAGUUUGGUACAUUCUGGGGGAAAAGAGCCCAUUGGUGAGCUCAGGAACUCAAAAGGCCUGGACAUCCACGGAAGACAACAGUGGUGGAUGAUUGCAGAAUCCUUUCCAUGGUGAAGAAAAACCCCUCAACAUCCACCCAAGCUAAGAAAACUAUCCAGGAAGCAGGUGUAUCAGUAUCUAAGUCUGCCAUAAAGAGAAGACUUCAUGAGAGCAGAUACAGAGGGUUCACCACAAGGUGCAAACCAUUAAUCAGCCUCAAAAACAGAAAGGGCAGAUUAGACUUUCCCAAAAAACAUCUGAAGAAGCCUGGAACUUCUGGAACAGCAUUCUUUGGACAGAUGAAACUAAGAUCAACCUGUACCAGAAUGAUGGGAAGAAGAUAGUAUGGAGAAGGCUUGGAACAGCUCAUGAUCCAGAGCACACCACAUCAUCUGUAAUGCAUGGUGGAGGCAGUGUGAUGGCACAGGCAUGCACGGCUUCCGAUGUCACUGGGUCACUAGCGUUUACUGAUGAUGUGACAGGAGACAGAAGCAGCCGGACUGUACAACUCUGACAUGUACAGGGAUAAACUUUCUGCUCAGAUUCAACUAAAUGCAGCAAAGUUGAUUGGAGGUUGCUUCACAGUGCAGAUGGUCAAUGACCCAAAACUUGAGUUUGGACCCAGGAGUUUUUUAAGGCAAAGAAGUGGAAUAUUCUGAGUCAAUCACCAGAUCUUGACCCAUUCGACCAUGUAUUUCACUUGCUUAAGACAAAACUUCAGGCAGAAAGACCCACAAACAAGCAACAACUGAAGACAGCUGCAGUAAAGGCCUGGCAAAGCAUCUCAAAGGAGGAAACCCAGCGUUUGGUGAUGUCCAUGAGUUCCAGACUUCAGGCAGUCAUUGCCUGCAAAGGAUUCUCAACAAAGUAUUAAAAAUGAGCAUUUUAUUCAUGGUAAAGUUAAUUAGUCCAAUUACUUUUGAGCCCCUGUUUGAGGAGGCUUUGUAGAAAAAUGGUUGCAGUUCCUAAACGUUUCAUAGGAUAUUUUUGUGCAACCCCUUGAAUUAAACCUAAAAGUCUAAACUUCAA